UUGCCCGCAUCACAAACCGAGAGGUCACAAGAGAUGCGUCUGUAGACUGGUAUCAGUCUGGAAGUGUACAGAGCACCAAUAUGGGGAAGUUGCAGGUGAAAUUUUGUAUUUUUCUGUGCUGGGCUCUGACGUCGAUGUACAGCGAUGCACAGCGAGAGUAUUUCAUCCAGCGCAAAAAUCUCACCUGGGUUGACGCCCGAAACUACUGUCAGGCCUGCUUCAAAGAGCUGGUGACACUGACUCCAGACAACAUUCAGGCCCUUGCCCGGGACAUCACCUCUGACCACUGGAUUGGUCUUCGCAAGAACUUUAACUUCAAAAACAACUCUAUCGACAACUCCACCGGCAACUUAACCAGCACUGUUGCAAGCUACACAGAAAGCUACUUCACCACACACUAUAUCAACAACAGUGACUCCAGCAGCCCCAUUAUGAACUGGACUCAGUGGGCCAACGGGGAUCCCCUAGCCUUCCAAAACUGGUACCCUGGCUGGCCGCUGCCUAAACCUUCCCCAAAACCUCCCAACAAAACCGUGUGCUGCAGCUGCUCCUGCACAUGCCCAGCAAGGCCAACAACACCCAUGACUACAAACGCAGAAUUCACAACGCCCAACACGACAACAACACAAUCAGGACAUAAUGUGACAAGUUGGAGUGAUGACCCGGCUGAAACAACUGAAUUCACACCAGACUUCACUGACCAAUCUGUUGUUACCGACGAAAGUACAACACACGCAACAAGAACGGAAAACAUGACGACCCGAAGAACAACUCCAUAUUUCACCACAAGUGCACCCUGGACGACCGCUGAGAUGCCAUUAGCAGCGCAGUGUGAGAAGUCGCCUGUGCAGGAGCCAGAAGAACCUGAAGAUGAAGACGACAGUGAUGAUGAGAAUUACAUUGAAGACUCGUGUGUGGCCAUGCUCAGCUUUGGGCCGUGGAUUGAAAAGAGCUGCCUGGAGCGUCUGCCAUUUAUUUGUUAUGAAGAUCGCUUCAUGGGACAAGUCAGCGUCACCAAUAUAACUUUUGAGAGCGCCAACCUGACAUGGUUGGUUGCACCGGGCGAUAUCAGCCAUUAUCGGGUAGAGGUCGAAGGUCAAAAGGAUAACAAAACAUGGGAGUUUAGCGUCACUGAUUUGACCUGUGGCCUCUCCAACCUGACAGCAGGCACCUCCUACUCGGUCCAGGUGUUCCCCGUCAAGUGUAAAAGAGACCUCAACCCAGAGAACGCCACCUUCUACACCAUACCUAAGGCAGUCACAAACCUGACAGUCAGUUCUGUGGAGAAAAACUCUGUCUUUCUGAGAUGGGAAAAACCAGAGGGAAACGUGGAUUUCUAUCGUCUGACUUACGAGACCACCCCUGUUAAAGUGACAACAGAGAGAAUAAAGGUUGAGGGUUUGAUACCUGGAACCCCCUACAAUUUCACUGUCGUCUCGGGAGUCAAUGACGCAUCUAAGUGGAGCUAUGAAGCUCACGUCUCAGCGUAUACCAAGCCUGAUAAAGUUUACAACCUGACAGUGUCUGGUAACACAAAAGAGUCGAUAUUGGUCAAAUGGGAUCGACCUGUGGGAAACUUCACAGAUAUCCUUGUGGUAGCUAACUACCCGAAUGGAGCGAGCCUGUUUAAUAGAACUGUAAAGUCCAAUCAGCAGAACGUGACAGUAACAGAUCUGCCACCGGCCACACAUAUAUUCAUCUAUGUGACCGUGCGGGUCAACAACGACCUGGUGGGAGAAACCAAAAUGAUCGACAGCUUCACAACUCCUGGACCGAUUUCAAAUUUGAUUUUGACUACAACUAGUGAUUCCCUCACCGCUACCUGGAAGCCUCCUGUUGGUAGCGCUUUAAAUUACACAGUCGAGCGCUGUCUCGACCGUUGUGUAAACGAAACAAGUGUAACAACAAACAUCGCAUUCAAAAAUCUGAAGAAUGCUGCCAAUUACUCUGUGACCGUCUAUGCAGUGAGUGGACAAUUUACCAGCACGCCAGUGUCCGCCUACAAGUUCACCCUGCCAAAUUCUCCUACUAAUCCCAGAGCCACUAGUGUCAGUAAGGACAGCAUCACCUUUGCCUGGAAUGCACCUAAAAACACAUCAGCACCCACGUAUGGUGUCACACUCAACUCCAGCUUCUGGGGUCAGAGUUGGAAUUAUACAACCUCUGACACCACGUUUACAUUUCUUAACCUGACAUCAGGGACCAACUAUGCUUUCAGUGUGUACGCAAUCGCUGACAGACAGGAAAGUGCCUCAGUAUACUGUGCAGAUUUCACAGUGGAAGACCUAGAGGAAAUCAGCCUGUCGAUGCUGUGCUCCUCGUCCGAGGCUCUCCUGUGUGAUGAGGAAUCAACAAGGAAGGGAGUAUUUAAUGAGCUGAAGGAGAAAUUCAGAACGCUGUUGGACGGGCACAUCGACUGGCAUCUUGAGCGACAAAUGAAACAAGGAUAA